AUGAUCCCGAAAAUGAUCAACAAAAGAAGAAGAACGGCUGGACCAGGAGUCGAACCUGGGUCGUUUCCAUUAAUCGGAAAAGCUUUGACCUCUAAGCUAUCCGGCCCCUGAUAUCAGUGCAAGGUCUACUAACACCUUCAAUACUUCCCCUUAGACCUUUGCACUGCUGCCAGGCUAUUGCAAUGCAAGUUUGCGCAGAUCGCGGACCUGUACUGGAGGGACGAAGGGAAGGGAUGGGCUCUGGUUGGUCAUCGACGCGGGUUCUGGCAGCACUCUAAGGAACCCGCCCUACAGCACGAGCACGUGUGGUCGCGCGUGGGUCAGUUGCUCAAGGCGAAAGCGUUGCUGCCCAAGACCGCGUUGCGACCUGCUCGGAUACCUCUCAAGGAGGCUCCCCGUCCUCGGUGCUUCAACUUCUUUGGGCUCUCCCGACCUUUUACGAUUCGCAAGCUUCGUCGGCUUGUGAACAAGGUGCGGUUCCCAGGGAGGGAGGACCGUGUCAAGCGUUUCCCUGAUGGGACUUCUCAGAGCGAUAGGAAGCGCUUCUGGAGAUGGCUUCGUGACCGGUUCGCGUCUGCUGUCGAGCAGGACACCCACUGGCGGCUCAUGUACGACGUGACGCCGACGCGCAAGAGGCAGCAUACUCAGGGUCAUGCCUCUUCGCCGACGUGUCUGUUCUGUGGCAACGAUGCAGCGGUCAUCGAGACGGUGUCCCACUACUUUUUCGAGUGCGCGUACUCGACCAGCUUCUGGGGUGGGGUGCUACGCAUUCUGCUUGACAAGCUCGGCAUCGAGGAUACCGACGUCGAUCCGUCGACGUUCACUCCGGAGCAGCUGACUAUGGGGCUCCCCCUUUUGCGGGGUCGUGGGAGAACGACCUCGAAAUGGAUGUGGGUUCGGCUGGCCUGCGCGAUCGGUUUCCAGCGGCUGCACCUGCUCCGCUGGCGCGUUCAUCAGCGGUUCGAGCUGGACAAAGUCAUGGCCUCUCCCUCGGUUCCCAGUGCGCUCAGAGCGUUCGAGCGAGAUUUUCUCUCUCGAGCGGGCUUUGUGCCUGGGGCUCGAGAUUGGGAGGUGUGAUGACCGAGUUAAGUCCUUCCUUCCCAUUUUCCUCCCCUGCUCUCUCUCCCCUCCUUUCCUCCCUUCCUUUUCGGAGGUCGACUUUUCUUUCAGAAGCUGACUGUCUUGAAACUUGUUGCGCAGUGGAAGGCUGCGCACCUCUCCCUCUCUCUACUUUGUGCAGUAGCGGUUUUCGUUCUUGGAUGGAUCGGCAAGCCGGGUCGAUCGUCGUUGCGUUGGAGGCUUUGUGAAGUUCUCCCCUCUCUUUCCCCCCCUUUCUCCCUUCUCUUCCUCAUCUCGUUCCUGUUGCUCGGUUGUUGACUACGCUUCAGCCACUUCUCCUUUUAUUCCUAAGCCGUGUGUUGGAUUCCGUCGAAUAGAUCGUUCGUUCGCGUUGGUCAAGAUCUACGGCAUGGAUCGGGAAGAAAGGUCGCUCGUUUUUUUGGUCAAUAUCCUCGCGUCAAGGCGAGGCUCGUUUCGUUGUAUUGGAUCGUUUUCGCUCGGCCCCGACGGCUCAACAGCCAGCACUCGAGACUCAGCCAAGGGAGGACAUCAGGCGCUGUCGGGGUGACGAGUAG